GCAUGCCGACGGCAUUAGAAAGCUACAUUACAAUACUUAUUGUUGGAUAUCGCAAGCGGAUUAUACUUGUAUUUUUCCGUCGCGCAUUAUAUUGAUAUUCAGUAUAAAUUAUGGCAGAUACCAAGGUAGAUUCCGCGACGGAAAUUUCCGCCAAGGAUUUGAAGGAAAAGAAAGUCAUUGAGGAGAAAGAAAACGGGAAGGAGGCCACUAAUGGCAAGGAAAAUGAGGAGAAUGGAGAGCCAGAGAUUGAUGAAGAGGAGGAGGAUGAAGUAGAUGAAGAGGAUGAAGAGGAUGAAGGAGAUGAAGAUGAGGACGAGGAUGAGGAGGAUGAGCUGGGUGGAGGAACAAAACGGGGAGCGGAUGAAGAUGAGGAGGAUGAUGAGGAUGAGGUCGACCCCAAGAAGCAGAAAACGGACGAUGACGAUUAAGGGAUUGUUCCAUGCUGCUGAGCCCGCGUAUUGCUCACCUUCCGCACGUUUGAUGGAGCCAGUGGCAUAACGGACUCAAAACAUAAAACAUGGUCAUUUUUCCAAGUUCACCACCCGUGUUCAACCAACUAAUCCCCCAAUGCAAAAUUUUCUAGAGGAAAGACCACCACCCAGUUUCCCAACAUUCUCAACAAAAUACACAAGAUGAGAAUUUGUUUGUAUUUUUAUUUACAUUUUAUAUUUUUGUACAUAUUGUUAAGAGAUCAGUCACUUUAUCAUGAUCUCCUGUGACCAAAACGGUGCUUCUUUAUGAAAUUUUACUUGUUUGACCAUGUCUUGGAACAGCAGAACACAAAAAAGGAAACAUGUAUAAAAUCAACAGCCAUUUAACUCAGAGCAUUCCAGUAAAGUUUUAUGUAUGAACUUUAGUUGUAUCAUAACUAGUUGUACCAUAAACUAGUUUUUGGUU